UCGUUCUAAUGCAAGGCCCCCUGGUAUUUCUCAUCUCUGCUCAUAUCUGGGGGUGGGUAUUUAUUUACAUUUGCUUACCGUUACAUCGUCCCAUUUACAGUGACAGAGAUCUGUACAAAAGCACCUUGCCACUGCAUAAAAGUCACUACCUUGAAUCUGGGUUCAACAACUAACUCAUCUGUUUUUCUCUGAGCAACCCUUUGACCUUCUACACCGCUAUUUCGGAGACAAAUAAAUAAUUAUCUAGUUAAUCAAAAAUGAGGAUCGAGGAAAAGAGAGUUUAGGCAUCUAUUUCGGCUUUUUUUCUCUACGGCCAGAAAAUCCAGUCCGUAGUUUGUCUGUUUCCCGGCGGCAGCUCUCCAGCUGUUGCUGCUGAUGCAGGGAGGAGGGAGAGGUGAGGAAGGAGAACAAUGAAGGCGGCUUUUGGGGCUGAUAGCUCCCUGUCCAGCAACACCUCGGAUAACCCUAGCCAGGCUGUAGCCACCGGACAGGAAGGACCUUUUGGAGAGUGCGACGACGAGCUCCUCUGUCUUCGGAAUACCUCUUACAGACGGGAGUCGCAGGGCUCAACGGACAGUGGCAAGCAACCCAGCAUCAGCAAGCCCCUAGUGCCAGCAGCUGCAGGGGGGUCUUACAGUAUGACCACCGGUGAGUUCCUUCACUGCAGCGGGGCGUCCACCGGGGCCACAAUAUAUGGCCGUGCCUCCCCCAGGAGAACCGCUUUCUACAAGGCCCUCUGUUUUCUGCUGCUUGUCUUACAAGGAGGGGUGCUCGAUUUCUACCUCAUUGUAGUCACCGAUUUGUACUGGUGCUCCUGGAUCGCUACUGACCUGGUCGUCAUUGCUGGCUGGGGAAUAUUUUUCAUUAAAAACGCUAAGAGCAAGAAAGAGAAGAGCUGCAACAGUCUGCGCCAGCUCAAGGCAGCAUGGCAGGGUGGCAACCACGGAGAAUUCACCUUUGCUUACCUGGCAUGGCUUAUUUAUGUCAUUGCCUUCACUCCCAAGGUAGUUUUGAUACUGGGAACCUCUAUCCUGGAUUUAAUCGAACUGGGGGUGCCUUUGGGGACAACUGGCUUCAAAAUUACCUUAAUGAUAUCAGCCCCUCUACUAUAUGCUCUCAUCAACUCCAUUUCAGAUAGCUACAGUGGGCAACCAGCUCAGAGCUGCUUCCUUACCAGCUGCCUAGACCUGCUUGACAGCUUCACCUUGCUGGAGAUGUUGCUGCAGGAACGUACCCCUUUGCUACAGCUUCGUUAUACUGUCCUUGCUAUCUAUUUUCUUACCCUUACUAUGCCAGUACUCUGGCUUUACCAGCUUAAUACCUCCCAGCUUGAUUGUAAAUCUGUUUGGGUACGGCUGUUUUCUGGACUCUUGGUCAAUGUGCCUCUUCUGGUGAUGAGAUGUCUCCUAGUAUUUGGUUAUGGACAACAAGUUUCAGUCUUUAUGCUCAAGAACUUGUUCUUUCUGACAUCUAGUUGCCUGGAGGGAAUUGAGCAGUCCUGUACCUUCCGAAGUCUCUCCAGUCCUCCAGGCCAUUUCUCUCACUGCAUUUCAGAGAAUGACAUGUGUCCCCAUGGAUAUGUUAACACCUUAGCUGUCACUGGUCCUAAAUAAACUUUGUCAAUGUCACUAUGUAGCUACUAUUAGCUUUACAAAAAAAAAAAAAAAAACUAAAAUAAUUUUUGUAUUUCUCUGUCAUAUCAUAUCUGUUACUGGCACUAAGAGCUAAUAUUAGGAUACAAUUCAGAUGACAGUGCACCUCUCAAAUGUACCUGUAUCAGCAUAGUGAAUUAAUACGUCAACAUCAUGGAUUGAACAAGCCUGAAAAAAAACUGAAGCUGGAUCAGCUCACUUCAUAUAGAAAGUAUCAAUCCAGUAAUUUUUUAUCUAAAUCACUACUUUUCAUCUACAGCAGCUAUUGAAGUAUCUUCAGCUUCUGGUCUCCUUCCCAACUCACAGAUGACACUAGUAGCCAAUACAAAUGGCUAGUGCUUUAAUUUAUGGACAGGGUAGGCCCAUUUUUCUGGUAUGGCUUGGUGGGGAAAAAUUAUUCUACUUUCCAUUUUAGCAUUUGCUCUAACUGGGCACAGCUGUCACUCAGGUGUACAGUUUGUAACCUUGAGCAAGGAUCUCCCCAUACACCAUCAACUCCUAAGAUCAUUGGCAUCUUUUCAACAUUAGGAGCAACAGAAUUUGACUUUUUCUCAAGGAGCUCGACUGUUUUGGACAAAACAUUUGCAAAAACACUCCAGUUUUACAGUGUAAAUUACUUCUUAAUGAACUUUACUCUCAGCAGUAAUAAUGACCCUACCUCAAAGCCAUUUUAAUGAUGACCUUUCUGACUGAGACAGUAUUUUCAGGCUAGCAGGACUUUUGGCAGAACACUUGUUAAAUGCAUAACUCUUAUUAAGUGUAGCAGUGUAGUAAAGUUUUUUGAUAGUCUGAAAAGUAUGGUAUGAACAAAAAGUGUUAUCUAGAAGCAAAGCUGAGUCAAGGGGAGCAUAUAUAUUAAAGACUGUUAGAGCCUGGUGCUAACACUGACAGGUGCUGUGUUUAAACAAAGGCUACUUAAAACUGCCUCUUGAAUUUUACUGAAAACCUGAUGCUCAGGAUCCUGUCCUGUAUCCUUACUUUUUGCAGGCAAGGGCUGUACUGCCAUUGUUAUUUGUGCGUGUGCAUGUGUGUGUGUUAAACACAUGCAUGUGCACAUACAUGCAUGCAUUUAGAGUGCCUGAUCAGCAUAGAUGUAUAUCAUGACACAGACAACUGCAGUAGUGUCGUUAUCCAAAGUUAUAUGCACCUGCAUCAAAAAUGAGUACUCCUACCAUAUCUUUUUAUCAGCAAAAAUCUACUGCAAGUCAUUGUAUGAAUUGUGCAGUGAUAGACUUUUGGAUACCAAGGUGAGUUUUUCGGGUUCAUUCUUAUUUAAUGUCUUGGCCUGGUAGCACUCACAAUAAACCAAAAUCUAAUGUAUCUAAGGAGCAGAGAAAUUGGCUUCAUUAUGGCCAUGUAAGGUGGUGAAUUGCUGCUUGCACACACACACACACAUUAUGUAAUAUAUAUAUAUAUAAAAACACCAAUUAAAAUCAGAUGUAUCCCCCAUAAGAACCAAUUCAAACUCGAACUCAAACAACACGUGCUAAAGACUUGGUCCUGUCCAUGCCAAACACCAACCUGACCUAUAAUUUGCUAUUUUCCUAACACUAUCUUUUUUACUACCUCUUAUUCUCCUCCUCUCUUUUGUUUUCUUCUCCUUCCCCCCUCUAUCGUCCUUCUGUUUUUUGAUCCUCUGUUUUUCUUUAGUCCUUUUUACUAUUACUCUUACUCUGCCUCUUCAGUCCUCCUAUCACUUAUUCUCCUCUUUCUCCCUCUUUUCUUUUUUAUCCUGUUUCUUUCCACCUAUUUUACUAACACUCCUACUCUAACUACACUCAUAAUUUCAUCUUGUAAAUACUUCGGUACAUGACUCAUCUUUUUUGCAACCAAUUUACUUUACAUUACAGCACCAUUUCAAAUGCUUUUUGUAAUCAAUUAAUUUUAAAUUACUGCCCAAAUUCUAAUGAAUGUGUAUUUGACAUUUAUUUCAAAUUUCUUAUCAAUAUACUUAUUGCAUAUUAUUCUUGUUGUAUAACAAUUGUAACUGACUUCUGGAGCCUUUCUCCACAGGUCUCCAAUGAAGAAGGUCCCCUGGGCUCAGUUGGACCAACCCGG